AUGCAGAUGGUGGACGCCGCUGCGAGGAGGAAAACGGUUUUCAGCGCGGGUAGUGGGACCGGUGAGAUUGAGGCCACAAAGGACGUUUUUGUGGACUUGUACAAGGACGCGGCGACGCGGCGGCAACGCCGGAAGGAGACAGGACGACCGUGUCCCAGUGACGCGGUUUCCGUUGCGCCUUUCUCGUUUGAAGAGAGUUUGCGUUCACAGGAGCGGAAUAGAACACCACGACAGGCUGACGUGGUGCGACCUGGCUCUGCAGAGGGGGUUACGCAGCCUGGCUUUACCAAAUUCCAGACGAACAGGCGUAUCGAUAGUCUGGCUCUUCCUCGUGGGCCUUACAAAAUGUUGGUUCAUCCACCUUCGCCCAACUACGGCCGUGUGCUAAGCUUUACCGAGGAGGAGGCGCAGAGUAAACGAGAUCAGGAUUUGUUACGCCCACGUCCACUUUUGCGUCCACCGCGACUGACGAUUCCACUGAGUAACCCGGCACUAAAUCGCUUGGCCACACCAAGAGCAACUUCACGGGUGACACCCAUGUCUCAAUGCCGCUCUGGUUCCCGUGAAGAAGGUCAUCCCAUUAUUUUUAUGAACCAGGGAUCCCGUAGAUUUCGUUUUUAG